UUUUUUAUCAAAAUCAUUUAAGCAUAUUUUAUUACACUUAAAUGCCAUGUCUGGGUUUAUCUUCAACGAGCUCCUCGACAAACUGCGCACCAGAGACACCAGCACCACACGUUUCGGCAGCAAACUCGAUCUCCGCGUAGCCACCGCCAACGCCCAAACCCGCACAAUCACCUAUGAAUACGCAAUAACCAGCGACGAAGUAUACCGCGGAUACCUCGCCAGCGGAUGGCUCUCCACCGUAGUGGAGAACGCAACGGAUCCGUUGAUUUGCGCGGCAACGAGUAAUAGCAAUAUGGUGACUUCGUCAUUGACAGUUAAUACGCUGGAGCCUGUGAUGGCUGGUGUUGUUGUGGAGAUUGUCUGUCGGUUGGUGUUGUUUGAAGGAAGGAUGGUGCAGGCCGUGGUUACGUUUAGGGAUGCGAGGAAGAGAAACAUUGUUUAUGCAGCUGGCGUGCACACGCUUAUUUACAAGGAGGGUCUUUCUGCCAGCGGUGGCGGUGCAAAGAUUUAAAGGAAACAAGGGAGGAUGGUUUACAGGAUAGUGUACAAUAUGUGCAUGUGUGCGUGCUGGUUUGCUGUGUCAAUCCCUUAAUAUUGCAGCGCUGUUGCUUGUCUUUAAUUUAUUUUUAAUGAGCAGCAAAGCAAUUCUUUGCAUCGCACU